AUGGUAAAUUGCAUGAUGUUCUCUCACCCACACACAAUGCCUGAACAGCAGCUGCUGAAGCCAACUGAGUGGAGCUACUGUGACUACUUCUGGGCUGAUAAGAAAGACCCCCAAGGCAAUGGCACCGUGGCAGGGUUUGAACUGCUGUUCCAAAAGCAACUGAAGGGCAAACAAAUGCAGAAAGAAAUGUCUGAAUUCAUCCGAGAGAGGAUAAAGAUUGAAGAAUAUGCAAAGAAAUUGGCUAAGCUCUCUCAGAACUCGUUGGCUGCACAGGAGGAAGGCUCCCUGGGAGAAGCAUGGGCUCAGGUGAAGAAGAGCCUGGCAGAUGAAGCAGAAGUUCAUCUCAAGUUCUCCGCCAAGCUUCACAGCGAGGUAGAGAAGCCCCUAAUGAACAUUCGUGAGAACUUCAAGAAAGACAUGAAAAAGUGUGACCACCAUAUCGCUGACCUCUGCAAACGGAAAGCCCUCACAGAGCGUCAGAGAGACCUGGAGAUGAAGAAUCAGCAGCUGGAGAUCAAGCUGAGUAAAAAGAUGGAGGAGGACAUCAAGAAGGCACGGAGGAAGUCCACACAGGCUGGUGAUGACCUCAUGCGCUGUGUGGAUCUCUACAACCAGGCCCAGUCCAAGUGGUUUGAAGAGAUGGUGACCACCACUUUGGAGCUGGAGCAGCUGGAAGUGGAGAGGGUGGAGAUGAUCCGGCAACAUUUGUGCCAGUACACACAGCUGCAGCAUGAGACGGACAUGUUCAACCAAAGCACAGUUGAGCCUGUGGACCAACUGCUUCCAAAAGACAGAGAGCUGUGGGUCAGAGAGCACAAAAUGGGCAACAUUCGCCCUGUGGACAUGGAGAUCUAG